AACACACACAUCUGGAUCUGCUUUCUGGAGGAGCUGAGAAACAUGGAGCACGACAUAAAAGCAACAACAUUAUCAAUCCUUUCUACAAUUCCUACGACCAUCUCAAGGAACAACCUCACCAAUGACACCCAGUGUCCGCAUUGGGAAGUGUGGGACUGGUUGUACAUCAUGCAGCCUGCUUACAUGUUCAUCAUCUGCGUGCUGGGAAUUCUGGGAAACAUCUUCGUCCUGCUGGUCUUCGGCCUGCAUAAGAAAGCAUGUACGGUGGCAGAAAUCUACCUGGGAAACCUGGCGGCCGCCGACCUCCUGUUGGUUUUGUGUCUGCCGUUCUGGGCGAUCAACAUCGCCAAUGGUUUUGAAUGGCGAUUUGGGUCGGUUAUGUGCCGUUUGGUCAACGCAGGCAUCAGAAUGAACAUGUUUUGCAGUAUUUACUUACUAGUGUUGGUCAGCGCAGAUCGUUACGUUGCACUCGUUCAUGCCAUGUCUCGCGGUAGAAUGAGACGACCACGAUACGCCAAGCUCAACUGCAUCGCCGUUUGGUGUUUCGGAUUAAUCCUCAGCAUCCCAACGCUUCAUUUCCGGGAUACUCAAUUCAUCCCGGAGCUGAACGUCACGGCUUGUAUUCUGAACUAUCCGAGUCAAGGUGUCAGCCUCGUUUGCGACAUCCUUCUCAUUUUGCUCGGCUUCAUCAUCCCAAUUUUGGUGAUCACCUACUGCACGCUGAAGAUCAUUCGAGCCCUGAGCAAGCAAGUCGUCGACCGCUUUAACGCAGAAAACACGGAAAGGAAAGCCACCCUCCUGGUUCUGGUCGUGCUGUUGGUGUUUCUCUUGUGUUGGGUGCCGUUCCACCUCGUGACCCUUAUAGAUAUCCUGGUGCGCUUCGGCCUCCUCGGCGGAUGCGACUUUAAUUCCGGUCUCGACGUCUCCAAUCAGAUAUUCACCUACUUGGCUUUGAGCAACAGCGUGUUGAACCCGAUACUCUACGUGAUCGUGGGCAAGAACUUCAGGAAGAAAGUCAAAGAGCUGAUAAAGCAACUUACAGAGAGAAAAGCGGAUUCAACAAGCGGUUCUACAAGAUCACAGCUCUCAUCAACCUUAAAGACAUUCACAACAUUUUAGGACAAUAAUGUGUACAAUGUUCAUAGGUA